AUGUUGAGAGGGUCCUCCCGAUUCCUGGAGGGCAGAGGGGUCUGGCCUGUGCAUGCCGGCCGGUGCUGGGCCUUGCGGUUGCUUCCUGGGGUUGGGAUACCCCCAGCUGGGAGGUUGGAAACUCUUUGCCCAGACAAGCGCCAACAUCUUCUCCCUCCUCAGACAUGGACCAACAGUAUCAACCAGGCCAACAAGGUGGCCCUGCUUGCCUGGGCAAAAGAAACCGGCAUCGAACUGGUGCAGAUCAACGGGCAGAGGCGCUACGGGGCACCCCCCCCAGCCUGGGUGGGCGGCCCCCCGCCGGCCGGGGCCACGGAGGGGGUCCGCAGCAUCACCCUGUACCCCAGCCCCAGCCAGAAGCAGGCCCAGCUGGCUGUGCUGAAAUACAGCUCGCACCAGGCUGCUGCCAUGGCCAAGAAGACCCUGAUGGAAGGGAACGUGAGGCUCAGCGGGGUGGAGGUGAGGGUGGACUGGCUGAACCCCGACCUGAAGCAGAAACUGCAGCUGUGCGAGGAGAAGCCAUCGUCCAGCCGGGUGCAAGGGGGCAAGUGCCUGGGCGUCCCGAAGCAGGCGCCCCUGGCUCCGGUGCUGCGCAACGCGCUGGACCGCCUGAACACCCUGUGCCAGAGGCAGUGCCUGGGGACCCCCUUGUUCCUCACCAAGUGCGUCCAGGCAAACCCCAACGGGUGGCUGCGGUUCUGGUGCUGGGUGGUGAUCCCAGGGUGCCCUGUGCCCUUCAGUGGGUUCACGUGGGUCCGGCCGGCCGGCCCAGGCAGGAGCGGGCACGAGGAGGCGAAGCUUGCCGUGGCGCUGCAGGUUCUGCAGAUGCUAGGUGAGUCCUUGCAUGGCCUUGGUGCCGCCCCCCUGCCUUUCCCCAAGUCUUGGAGCGUCUCCGUGGAGCUGGGGUGCUUCUACUGCGUGGGGGGACCCAGCCUGGCAGGCAGGGCUGAAACGCUGUCACCCCACCCCGUCCCCGCCAGAUGGGACCCCAGUGGCUCUGAGCUCCGGCUGGGAUUCCUGGUUGGAAGCGGAGGACACAAGGGGAGGGGGUUUUGGGGUGCUGCUCCCCGCAGCACCGCACAGAGCCUGAUGCUUUCCUCUGUGCUGCAGGACGCCAGCUGA